AUGGCAGCCCUGGAUGUGCCGAGCCCAUCAGUGAAAGAUGUUUUCGCAGGCAACAUUUUGGCUGGUGACAUCGCCCUGCUUUCUAUGGAGCGGUGCACAACUGUCUAUUCUGAUCAGACUGAAGAGGAAGCAUACUGGGCUGAAGUCGAGGAGAACGCAAUCCUAGGGGCUGCGGGAUUCCGAGAGCCAGGAGAGCACUAUGUCCAUUGGCAAUCAGAUUGA